UCCUUCUCUCACGACUAUUUUCUCCCGACUUUCCUUUUUCACUUCCCAAAUCGCAUAAAUUUCUCACCUUUUUCCUCUCCCCAAAUCUUCAUCUCAAGUUACCCAACACAACACACCCUUCAGAUCAAGAACCCAACAACACAAGUCAUCUCUGAGUUUGAGUUCAGUAGUUGGUUGGUUGAGGGGGGAUAACACUGUGAUUGCAAUCCACAAGCUCAUGGCGGAGACCAAACGUUAUGGUCUUGGGAAUCAACUAGAUAUUCAGCAGAUACUCUUAGAAGCUAAACACCGAUGGCUACGCCCAGCUGAAAUUUGUGAAAUUCUUCAGAAUUAUAAAAAAUUUCAUAUAUCUUCAGAGCCUGCAAAUACGCCACCUGGUGGGUCACUUUUUCUUUUCGAUCGAAAGGUGCUGAGGUAUUUCAGGAAAGAUGGUCAUAACUGGAGGAAGAAAAAAGAUGGAAAGACUGUGAAAGAGGCGCAUGAGAGACUCAAGGCUGGGAGUGUUGAUGUGUUGCACUGCUACUAUGCCCACGGAGAGGACAACGAAAACUUUCAAAGACGCAGUUAUUGGAUGCUUGAAGAGGACCUCUCAAACAUUGUUCUCGUCCACUACCGAGAUGUAAAGCCAAAUAGGACAAAUUUCAAUCAUGUUAAAGAGUCUGAAAGUGUUCCCUAUUCCAAUGGAGCUGAAGGAAUUGCAUGCCAGUCUCAGAUGGAGAAUUCUGUUUCUUCCAGUUUCAAUCCUAGUAAUUACCAAAUGCAUUCUCAAGCUACAGAGGCGACAAGCAUGAGUAGUGUUCAAGCAUCGGAGUUGGAAGAUGCAGAAUCAGUGAUAUACAAUGCAGCAUUUUAUAACCAAUCAAGUUCGUCGUUGCAGCCUAUGGCUGAGAAUAUUAAUUCUGAGUUGUCUGAUGCAUACUAUCCAGCAUUUGCAAAUGAAUUUCAAGAAAAUUUGUCAACCAUUCCUGGGGUGGAUUUUAGGUCACUUUCUCAAGCAUAUAAGGUUGAUGAUAGUAUUCAAGCUGGAGAUACCUAUGAACCCAGGAAAGUUCGUGAUUUUGCAUUAUGGGACGAUAUGGAAAACAGUGCUACUGGCAUUCAACCUUUUCAGCCACCGUUUUCAGGAACACAUUCUGAUACAAUGGGAAGCGUUCCUAAGCAAGAAAUUGAGAUGCUUGGGCAACUUUAUACAGGCAGUUUCGAUAAAAGGCUGGCGUAUGGGAUUGAAAAUAAACCACAGGUCCAACAAACUUGGCAGACUUCCGAAGGAUCAUCAAACUGGCCUAUGGAUCAGAGCUUGCAAUCAUAUGCGCAAUACAAUGUCACCACUAAGCUCCAUGAUGGAGCCGAUACCACUGAUUUACUGAAGUCAUUGGGGCCCUUCCUUACAGGUUCAGACAAGCAAAGUGACCUUCAAUUUUAUCUUUCAAACACAGAUACUAGUUCCAAGAGAAAUGAUCUCAUUGAGGAAAAAACUGAGUACCCUUCUGUGAUUAAGCCCCUUCUGGAUGGGUCACUUGGUGAUGGUCUGAAGAAGCUUGACAGCUUCAAUCAAUGGAUGAGUAAAGAACUUGAAGAUGUGGAUGAGCCACAAAAGCAGUCCAGUUCUGGGGCCUACUGGGAUACUGUUGAAAGUGAAAAUGAGGUUGACGAGUCCAGUGUUCCCCUGCAAGUACGCUUGGAUAGCUAUAUGCUGGGGCCUUCUCUUUCUCAUGACCAGCUCUUUAGCAUUGUUGAUUUCUCACCAAGCUGGGCAUAUGAAAACUCUGAAAUCAAGGUUUUGAUCACAGGAAGAUUUUUGAAAAGUCAACAUGCAGAAGGUUGUAAAUGGUCAUGUAUGUUUGGGGAAGUUGAAGUUCCUGCCGAGGUUAUAGCAGAUGGUGUUCUUCGUUGUUAUACUCCAAUACACAAGUCUGGAAGGGUUCCUUUCUAUGUGACAUGUUCGAAUAGGCUGGCUUGUAGUGAAGUAAGGGAAUUUGAAUACCGAGUUUUCCAAAGUCAAGAUGUUGAUUCUAAAGAUAGGGAAUGUGAAUACCGAGUCGCUCAAACUCAAGAUGUUGAUUCUAAAGAUUAUUACAAUGAUUUCUCAAAUGAAACACUCAGUAUGCGCUUUGGAAAAUUAUUGUCUUCAAGCUCUACAUCUCCAAAUUUUGAUCCAGAAAGUACUGUAGAUAACUCUGAGUUGAUCAGUAAAAUUACUUCUCUGCUGAAAAAUGACAAUGAUGAAUGGGACAAGAUGCUACAACUUACCUCAGAAGAGGACUUUUCCUUAAAGAGUGUUGAGGAGCAGUUGCUUCAACAGUUACUUAAAGAGAAGUUGCAUGCAUGGCUCUUGCAGAAGCUGGCUGAAGGUGGUAAAGGCCCUAAUGUUUUAGACGAGGGUGGCCAAGGUGUGUUACAUUUUGGAGCUGCUCUUGGCUAUGACUGGGUCCUAUUGCCCACAAUAACUGCUGGAGUUAGCGUCAAUUUCCGUGAUGUGAAUGGAUGGACAGCACUUCAUUGGGCAGCCUAUUGUGGCAGAGAGCGCACAGUCGCAGAACUCAUCUAUCUUGGUGCCGCUCCUGGAGCAUUAACAGAUCCAACUGCCAAAUAUCCUUCAGGAGAAACACCUGCUGACCUAGCCUCUGAACAAGGACACAAAGGGAUAGCUGGUUAUCUUGCAGAAUCUGCUUUGAGUAAACACCUUGAAUCUCUUAAUUUGGAUCUCAAGGAUGGAAAUUCUCCAGAUAUAUCAGGAGCAAAAGCAGUUUCAAGUUCUAGCAGGGAUGGGGAGUUGACAGAUGGGCUUUCCCUGAGGGAUUCUUUAACUGCUGUCUGUAAUGCGACACAAGCUGCUGCUCGUAUUCAUCAAGUGUUCAGGGUACAAUCUUUCCAAAGAAAGCAGUUGAAAGAGUACGAUGGUGAUAAAUUUGGAAUUUCGAAUGAACGGGCACUAUCACUUAUUGCGGUCAAGUCACAUAAGGCUGGAAAACGUGAUGAGCAUGUGGAUGCUGCAGCAGUACGAAUACAAAAUAAGUUCCGUAGUUGGAAGGGUAGAAAAGACUUUCUGAUCAUCCGUCAACGGAUUGUCAAAAUUCAGGCCCAUGUAAGAGGUCACCAGGUGAGGAAAAACUAUAGAAAGAUAGUCUGGACCGUAGGAAUUGUAGAGAAGAUCAUCCUGCGUUGGAGAAGAAAAGGAAGUGGGUUGCGUGGGUUCAAACCAGAACCUCUUACUGAGGGCCCCAGCAUGCAAAUUUCAUCCGCCAAGGAUGAUGACGACGACAUACUGAAAGAAGGAAGGAAGCAAACAGAGGAAAGGAUGCAAAAGGCACUUGCUAGGGUGAAAUCCAUGGCUCAGUACCCUGAAGCAAGAGACCAAUAUCAUCGACUUUUAAAUGUUGUCACUGAGAUUCAGGAAACCAAGGUGCUGGAUAGUUCGGAAGGGACAUCAGCUUAUAUGGAUGACGACCUGAUAGACAUUGAAGCAUUGUUCGAUGAUGACAUUUUUAUGCCUACAGCUGCUUCAUGAUGACAUCCGGCUCACAAAGCCCUUGUGUAAAAUCUGAUUUGUUAGUUUACUAGGUAUAGUGUCAAUUAUCAACUGAUCAACACAUGGCUUUGGCUUUUAAAUUAAAAUCCUCGUGUUAAUAGACUUGCUACUGCGAUAUUUAUAUAGUCAUCUUCCUAACAGCUUGUGUCAUAGUGCUGCUUUUGUAUGUUCAAAAGACUGUUUAUAAUCAUUAAUCUUCGAGCAUUUGAACUCGCUUGUCA